AUGGAAGGAACACUUGGCCCGACACCUGGUCAUUCAAAGAGCGGCUCUCGGAAAGGCUUCCGCUACCAUGAUCAUUGGAUUCUGUGGGCCAUGGACGAUAUCCCUGCGGAAAAGAAUCAUGCUGCCGGACAGAACGUCCGGGAAACCAAAUCGCAUUAUGGAUCAAGUCGACCACCAAAGGCUUGGAAUCCUCAAAGACAUCUUGUCAAAGUGGUGUUGCUUGCCAUAAAUCCUCUAGUAGUGCCCGAUAUCUGUGUCACUCGCCCGGAAUGCUUGUCAGUCGUUCGGUCGGCGGAGGUCUCGAAUCAGGAUCACAGGACGGUGGCAGAGUGGGGGUUUGGAUUAAGAACAAACCAGCUCCAAUCAAAGAACCAUUCUUAG